GUGCUGAUGCUCAUCGUGAAUUUUACCUGUGACGACUGCUCUGUGAACAUCUGGCAGCACGUAGCUGCUGCUCAAACGGGGGCUUGACUGAACCUUUUAACGGAUACAAGCUUGGUCUCCAGCUUCUGUUUAUUUCUUUACUUCUUUUUAGAGCGGAAGCCAGAGUUUUGACAGACUGCGCUAUGCGUCGGAUGAGCGGCGUCAUACUGUGCCUCGGUGUGUUGGGGGCUGUAAAGCUGCUGUCCCUCUACUGGAUAUGCAGCAUGUCAGUGGGGCUGGGGCUCUGCUUGGCCUGGACCGGUUCCUGGAGGUUGAUUUAUAUCGCUCUACGCACCAUCAAGAGAGACUUGAUGUGCCUGGCUGUUAUUCUGCGACUGAGGGUUUCCAUGUGUUGGAAUUUGAAACACAGAAGAACCAUUCCUGCCCUGUUUGCUCAGACGGCGGGGCUGCACCCGGACAAACCUGCCUUGAUCUAUGAGGCCACUGGAGAAGUUUGGAGCUUCAGGGAGCUGCAGGAGCGCUGUGACGCCGUGGCACACUGGGCUCUGGCCCAAGGCUGGGCCGAGGGGGAUGUCGUGGCCUUGUACAUGGACAGCCACCCCUCAGUGGUGGCUCUGUGGUUGGGUCUGGCCACGGUCGGUGUAGAAGCCGCGUUCAUCAACCACAACCUCCGCCAGCGCUCGCUGCUGCACUGCGUCUGCGUGUCUGGCGCUCGGGCGAUGGUGUUCGGGACAGAGAUGAGCGAAGCCGUGUGCGAGGUGAGCGGCUCUCUGCAGCCCGACAUGGUUCUGUUCAGCUGUGGCGAGCGUCAGGAGGACGGGGGGAACCUCUGGAGCCUCCGCGUCCAGAGCCUGGAUGCGCUGCUGGCCCGCUGCCCCAAACAGCCGCCCAGCUACACGCUGAGGAAGGGCUUCAACGACAGACUCUUCUACAUCUACACCUCUGGUACGACAGGAAUGCCAAAAGCAGCCGUGGUGGUGCACAGCAGGUAUUAUCGCAUUGUCUCCAGUACUUUUCAUUCUUUUGGCCUGCGGCACGAUGACAUCAUUUACAACUGCCUCCCUCUCUACCAUUCUGCCGGUACCGUCAUGGGCGUGGGCCAGUGCUUGCUCUUCGGUUUGACUGUUGUAAUCAAGAGGAAGUUCUCAGCCAGUCGUUUCUGGGACGACUGCGUUAAACACAACUGCACCGUAAUCCAGUACAUAGGUGAGAUCUGUCGCUACCUACUGGCGCAGCCAGUUCGUCAGUCUGAGGCCCUUCACCGGGUCCGCGUUGCCCUGGGCAACGGCCUCCGCUCCUCCGUGUGGGAGGAGUUUGUCCACAGAUUCAGAAUCAAACAGGUGGGGGAAUUUUAUGGUGCCACGGAGUGCAACUGUAGCCUGAUCAACAUAGAUGGAAAGGUGGGAGCGUGUGGCUUCAGCAGCCGCAUCAUGUCCGGCUUUUAUCCCGUCAGACUAGUGAGGGUGCAGGAGAACGGAGAGCUGCUGAGGGACUCACAGGGACUCUGUAUCCCCUGUCUGCCUGGCGAGCCAGGUAUGGUAGUCGGACGCAUCGGACACAAUGAUCCAUUCAGGAGGUUUGAUGGUUACGUUGAUCUGGACUCUACUAAGCAGAAAGUAGCUCACAAUGUCUUCAGUGUGGGAGACUCUGCAUAUGUCUCAGGUGACAUAAUGGUGAUGGAUGACUACGGCUACAUCUAUUUCAAGGACCGCAGCGGCGACACGUUUCGCUGGCGAGGGGAGAACGUCUCCACCACAGAGGUGGAGGGAGUCCUCAGCGCGCUGCUGGGACACACCGACGCCGCAGUCUAUGGAGUGUCUGUACCAGCUGUGGAGGGGAAAGCUGGGAUGGCAGCAAUAGCUCAUGAAGGCCCGUUGGACCUGGAUGCAUUCUUGUCCUCGGUACGAAAGGCCCUGCCCUCGUACGCGUGCCCCGUCUUCCUUCGAAUCAUGCCGUCCGUUGACACUACAGGCACCUUUAAAAUUCAGAAGAUGCGGCUGCAGAGGAAAGGAUACAAGCCGCAAGACGCGAGUGAGAAGAUUUAUUUCCUGAACAGUCGCGCCGGACGUUACGAGGCUGUGACCGAUGAACUGUAUGAUGCCAUCGUGGAGGGAAAAGUGCGUUUAUGAGGCAGGAGGCGCGUGAGGAGAAGACACUGACUGCUGAACAACAUAAUGUCUCUGUUUCAAAGGGAAAAUAGUGAAAAAGCGUUACCUACUGUAGGACAUCAUAUGUAAAGACUGUGCCAAGACUUAAAGUGAAUGUAAAAAGUGAUGCUAUUUUUUGACCAAAUAAGUUGUUUUUUAAAUGGAAUAAAAUUUUCUACACUGUCA